AUGCGGAAGCAUGCGGCGAGAAGAAGACAGACGUCAAUGGCAGCAAUGGUUACUUUGGAAGCCGGCACUGACUCUGGCUACUACUCUUGGUCUGGUGUCCUCUGCAACGCGAACUCCCGGGUGGUCGCCGUCAACGUCACCGGAAACGGCGGCAACCGCCGCAACGGAACCUCUCACCCGUGCAAAGGUUUCUCUCAAUUCCCUCUUUACGGAUUCGGAGUUCGGCGAACGUGCGAAGGUAGUAAAGGUUCUCUCUUUGGAAACGUUUCUUCUUUUAAUUUCAUCAGUGUGCUCACGGAGCUUAGGGUUUUGUCUCUCCCCUUCAACGCGUUGGAGGGGGAAAUUCCCGAAGCAAUUUGGGGCUUGGAAAAGCUAGAGGUUCUCGAUUUAGAAGGGAAUCUAAUAAGUGGAUAUCUUCCGUUUAGAAUUAACGGCUUGAGGAAGUUGAGGGUUUUGAAUCUUGGGUUUAAUAAGAUUGUGGGGGAGAUUCCUGGUUCAAUUUCGUCUCUUGAGAGUUUGGAGGUUUUGAAUUUGGCUGGUAAUGGAUUGAAUGGUUCUGUGCCUGGUUUUGUUGGGAGGCUAAGAGGGGUGUAUCUUUCGUUUAAUCAGUUCAGUGGGGUUGUUCCGCGAGAGAUUGGGGAGAAUUGUUGGAAGCUUGAGCAUUUGGAUUUGUCUGCUGUUGCUGAGGGAGGCGAGAGAUUGGGGGAGAUGGUGUUGUAGAUAAACCCAAUUAAAUAAACCCA